UCCUGGGGGGUUCCCAUUGCCCUCCCUGGGGGGCCGCUCGGUGUCGGGGAGCUCGGGGCUGGCAGUGCGGGGCUCCCGGGGAUCUCCUGGGAUCUCUGGGGAUCUCCCGGGAUCUCUCGGGGAUCUCUGGGGGCUCUCCCGGGGGUCUCUGGGGAUCUCCGGGGAUCUCCCGGGGGUCUCUGGGGAUCUCCCAGGAUCUCUCGGGGGUCUCUCAAGGAUCUCCCGGGGGGUCUCUCGAGGAUCUCUCGGGAUCUCCCGGGGGUCUCUCGAGGAUCUCCCGGGGCUCUCCCGGGAUCUCUCGAGGAUCUCCCUGGAUCUCUCAGCCCAGCCGUGCCCUCCCCAGGCCGCACCAUCGCCCCGAAGAAGCUCCGCGUGGUCCAACAGCAGAAGCUGAAGAAGCGCCUGGAGGUCGGGAUCCGGAUGCGGAUCGAGCGGGAGACUGUGCAGCGAGCGCAGGGCAGCCUCCCCAAGAAGCUGGCGCUGGUCACGGCGCCGGCCCCCGCCAAGGACAAAGCCAAGAAGGGCCGCGGCUGAGCCCCACCGGGAAACGACCCCCGAACCCCCCUCCGGUGACCUCCGCCAGGCUCUGGGGGAGUCCGGGCUGUUCUCAGCCCCCACCAUCGUUCUUUAAUAAAAGGGAUUUGCGGGCGGCGGCCCCCCCGCGCCCACAA